UCGUGUUUUGCACCGAGCGGCAGAAUGUGUGAGGUCACAAGUUGGAUACCGCUCGCCGUAGUGGAAACACUGCGCGAUCGCUCUGCGCAGUCCGUCGUCGCGUGGCUGACCGCGAUCCGCGCCACCAUCGAGGAGUACGACCCCCUGGUCGUGGUUAGGCCCCCAUCCACUACCUCACAGGACACGGAGUCGGACGGCGCCUUCGACGAGAUUCUCUCCCAGCUGGGCAAGGAAAUAUUCAAGCUAGAUGAGUACCAAAGAAACCUCGCGCCGUCCGAGAAAGAAGUAUCCCCAAGUAUUCUCAAUAUAUUCGACGAGUGCUUGCAGGGGAUGGAGCGCCACGACCACGUCGAAACUGAGACCAAAGUGAUAUGCGAACCAAAACAAAUGCCAAAGGAAAACAGUGCUAUUGAGUGCAGUGAGCGUGAGUCGACGAUGACCGACACUUUUACUACGAGCACGCCGGUAAAGAGCGAGGCUGUGAAGGAAAUUCGCAAAACUCCGCCUCCAGUACCGCCGCGGAAAGUGAAAAUGAGGUCACCGUCUCCUUCGUACGAUAACAUCGAGUUCAAAGACACAGCCGAACCGAAAAACGAAUCCGACAGCGACUCUGAGAGCACGUGCUGGAGUUACAAGGAAUGCAAUGUUGACAACGACACCGAUGCCCCAAAGGGCACAUAUGCAGCGGUCUGGUCACAUUCCAGCGGCUACCACAACUCCGACGAGAUAAUGCGUCGAGUGUUAUCACAGGCACAGCACAGGGCGACGAUAUCGAGUCUGUCCUUCGAUACAGCGAGCGAUUUUACUACCCAGCCGUUCUCUGUUUACGCGCUUCGAGAGGUGGGAGACGGUGGGGACAGGUGCGAGUCAGUCGGCGCUAUGACGCCGGACAAGCCGUGCGAUGACGGCUACGAGCCCGUCCGCGACGCUAUCACCGACGAAAACAUUUACGAAGAAAUCGAGUACGGUUACAGCUACACGGAUGAGGGAUGCUCGUGUGGAGGCAGUGUGGAGGUCGAGAGUUGCUCCAUCAGUGCCAGUUCGGAGGGCGUUGGUAGGGAGAGUCCUCUGUAUGCGAAUCUUAGGGAUCACGACGCGUACGCGAUACCCCCGGAUGUGAUUUACUGGAAGAAUUUGCUUCUGGAUCCAUUUUACAAUGAUGAUGAGGAAGACGAGUGGAUCACGCCUGAAGAAUGCGAUGUGUAUUCGAGGGACAGGAGACCACCCCUCGUCAUCCCCCGAAUCACACAGUACCGCGCCCCCAGGAGGGAUCCUCGACCACAGUUACCGUUUUCCGAGGAUACCCUGCAAGAUGUCCCGGCCAAGUCUUGGAACUGGUCGCCGACGUCGGAGCGAAGUCGUAUCGAUCUAGAGAGGAGUUUCAAUAAGGCGAACUGCGAAAGCCCACCGUUAUGGGUCUCCAAACGACUUGGAGGUUCUACAGAGAAUCUUCUAGCCGUGCCACGGAGGCCCAACCAUCUGGCACUAGAAACCGGUUCGUCGGGGGAUAGUCUGGAUGUGGAGGUCAGGGAGAGGGAGCGAGGGUUCCCCAAGAAGGAGAGGAAGUCCAGAUCGAUGGUGGCGCCGAAGCAGAAGCCUCGACCACCGUUGACAUCACCGAGGCUGAUGAUGCAACCGGCUGAGGCAACAGUGGUAUACGAAGGGCAAAUAAAAAGGACGAAGUUUUUCGAAGGGGGCAAGAAGAGCAAGAAGAAUUGGACGGACUGCUACUUGACCGUGACGACCUCUGCUCUCGUCUUCUACAAGGACAAACGAACAUACUUAGCUACGAAGCUACCGAAGCCUCUAAAUACGCCUCCAAGCCCGACGGCGCCUCGCGCUGAACUGGUUCUGCCUCUGCUCAACGCUCACAUCGUGCAGUGUAUACAGAUGCAUACAAGGAGGUUCAGUCGCUCCCUAGUGCUGACAAUUGAACACGACCAAUAUUUACUUCAAGAGGAGACGGAGGAGGGCGCCAAGCAACUGCUGAAGCACAUUCAAUCUGUUAUAUACAAACUUGGUCCCCCAGCACUGGACGAGAGACCGAGCCCAUACCAGAGCAGCAACACUGACCUCGAGAGCCUCGGGCGAACACCGCCCGUCUCACGACACGCCACACGGGCCAAGCAGAAAGAUGAGCCCGUUUUCGGUCGUAAGCUCGAGGAGGUCUGCCCGGCGACCAGUCCGCGAGUACCCGAAUUCGUCCGGGCCUGCGUGAAGGAGAUCGAGAGUAGUGAAGACAACAUGUGCACUGAUGGACUGUACCGGGCGAGCGGGAACCUCAGCCAGGUUCAGAAGAUACGCCUCGAGAUCGACCAGAACAACACGUCGGUGAUCGCCAACAACAUGGACAUCCACGUGCUGACGGGGUCGCUCAAGCUGUUCUUCAGGGAACUGAAGGAGCCGCUCAUACCCUGCUCGCUGUUCGACCGGAUACUGGCCGCCUGCUCGAUUAAACCAAGAGAAGCCAAAAUAAAGGAGUUCAGGGAUAUCGUGUCGUCGCUCCCGCAGUGCAACAGGGACACGCUCAAGUUCCUACUGGAGCAUCUCUUGAAGGUGACGGAGCGUAGCGAACGAAACCGGAUGCACACAGCUAACUUGGCCAUCGUAUUCGGACCCACAUUGCUCUGGGCUCCAGCGGAACAAGCCCACAAUAUCGCCAUCGACUGCAUCCAACAAAAUUACGUCGUAGAGAUCCUCCUAAAUGAUUUCCAUGAAAUAUUCGCCGACGACCGCAAGAGGAAGGCGUGACUCCCCACCUAUUAGACUACCCCCCCACUCUCUAGACUAAUUCUGAUUCAACUUGUAGUACCUAGUUGGUAGGGUGAUUUGAAUCGUCGUGUAGUGUCUUCUAUUAUCUGUGUAAUAUGUGGCGAGUUAUGAAAGGAGGUCUUAUGAAUGUUGUAAUUUUUUUUUUGUAACACUUAGAUAAUGGUCACAAAUUAAAACAAAAAAAAAAAUAUGUAGAACUGAAUUUUAUGAUGAUUGUAAACUUAAAAGUUACUGGUUACAAAGAGAGAAUAUUUAAUCUAUUAAAACGAAUAUAUUUAGAAAUAAAAAAAAAAUAAUAGCGCAGAUUAAAUAAAUCUUUCAAAACGAAUAUAGAUAAUAAAUUUCGUCCAGGUAAUAUUUCGUGAGUGUUGUGAUCUUAAAGCAAUAUUGUUUAUGGAAAGACUGUACGAGGCUCUAGCGGCAAUAUAUUUAAUAAAAUUUAUAGAUGAAUAAAUAUAUUUACGCUUAGUUGUUAAUUUCCGUGUGAUAGAGUAUCCUUGUUUAUGUAUCAUCGUUAUUUUGGGGCCAAAUGUAUAUAAUCCAGUCCUACAUAAGUACAUUGCAUUUUAAUAGAAUUUCUACCACAAAAAAUUAUACUUUUAGUGCAAAAAUGUUAAUAAUUCAUUUAUCUGUAAUCAUCACUGGCGUUUAAUACACUGACUGUUUAUUUUGUAUAAUUUUUUUAUAAUUGGCUUUUGGAUAUUUAAUUUUUUUAUAAUUAUGAAAAAUAAUUAACGUCAAAUUUGACGUUUCAAUUUUGUGUAUUAAUAAGUAAAAAUUCUAUUGAAAUGAUGAGGCUUAAAGCCAAAAUCUUGUGCCUUAAGCAAGAUCUUGUAAAUAUUCAUCAUAGAUGAUUUUAUGUGAUAAUAUAAUUGUUCUAGGUUUUUUUUUUUCUUUUAUUUAAAAGUUGCUUGCAACCAUCUAGUCCUGUAUUUAAUCUAUGGACGAUUAUUUGGUAAUGCGUUUUUAUUUUAUAAUUUGUAUAAAAAAACACCAAUGUAAACGCAAUGUAAGCUAGGAACCAAAGUUUUGUAUUUCGGCUGAUAGUUAUUAACUAUAUAUGUAUAGUUAUUGUAUAUUAUUCGAUAAUAAUAUUUUAACGCAAAUAAUGCUUGGAAGAUAGUGGAGAAUGACAUGAAAAUAAAAUUACUUAUUCAA